CCUAUGGCACUAAUUCGAACGACACACACCCACACUAUUGAUUCAACGAGAGUAUGAAGCGCACGACCGCGCAGGCCUUUAAAAACAACCGCAUCAACAUUGUUGAAGCUAUCCAUCUACCGGGAUGACAUUCGGGAAGUUGCAAUCGCUGGAGGUUUAGCUGCACAAAAUACCGUUCUCCAUUCUCUUAUAGUAUCGUCAUCAGAUUGCUGAAGAAAACUGAUGCAGGUCGGCUGACAGGCUUCCAGUCGGCAUGUAUGGGGGAGAAAACAUCGCGAUGAACACCCAGUCAUUCGACAAAGGUCCUAAAACAAUAUCACAAAAUCCAUCCGACAACCAUGACAACAGCGGUGGCGUCUCAAAAGGUGGCACCAAGUCCAUUGUCGAUGAUUUUGUCGACAACGCGACGACCCAUGGCAUUCCGCGAUUCCUGAAUUCAUCUCGCUCGUUGAUUUCUCGUCUAUUUUGGUGCGUCGUUACUUUGGGAUUGCUAGGAGCGCUCCUUUACCAGGGUUCGAAGCUCGUCAUCGCCUUCACCGGCCGGCCGACCACGACCAAGAUAUCGCUCAUCACUGAAUCGAAGCUCGAAUUCCCGUCGGUCACGAUUUGUAACCUGAAUAUGAUGCGAAGAUCAAAACUAAAUGGUACCCGGUUCGAAACACUUGCAAAUUUGGACGUCGAUCACCAUGUCAGCGGAAUUGGUGUCGACGAUUCGGACUACGAUUGGUUCUUUAGUAGCGACGAUUCUUCUUCCGUUUCUACACCGCAAGAAUCCUCGAGCACCUCGCCAUCCAAUCGACGUCGCCGUGCAGUUCCAGAGUCAAGCGACUCUUAUAGUUAUUUUGGAUAUGAUUACGAUGCAUUUGAUGAGAUCGACGACCCGAACGACUGGGAGAGAUUCUAUGACAGCUCGACUGCAAGUGAUUUCAGUGAUUUCCAGGCCGUGGUUAGACCGACGAUUGAAGAGCUCAGGGAGUAUGGUCACCAGGCCAAAGACUUUAUUCUGCAGUGUACCUUUGAUACACAGCCUUGCAGUUAUAGAAAUUUCACUGUUAUUCAAAAUGUCAACUAUGGAAACUGUUUCGUGUUCAACAAUGCUCACAAAAUGAACAGAGACAUUUCCAUCAAUACAACGAGAACUGGCUCCCAAUAUGGCCUUCACCUGACGCUGAUGGUGGAGCAGCCUGAAUAUAUCGGUGUUCUGAGCCCGGAUUCUGGAGUCAAGGUCGCCAUCAACGACCCUCGCAUCCACGCUUUCCCUGAAGAUGAUGGUGUCAUGGCCCCACCGGGGGUCGCCACCUCAAUCGGACUUAAGAAGACGACAAUCAACCGAUUAGGCGAUCCUUUUGGUAAAUGUAAAAAUGGCCACUCCUCUGACUAUUACCAACCUGAGAAGUACGACUUCAGCCAACGUUCCUGUAUGAAAAUGUGCCUCCAAAUGACCAUGAAGAAAAACUGUUCCUGCAUUACUGAUAUUCUUAUCAAUGGCUCUAUGUGUGGAGCCAUCGACAAAGUCCAAGUGAAAUGCAGAUCGCUCGUUUUAAGAGAGUUUCUAAAAAACAACAUCGGAUGUUCAUGUUCCAACCCAUGCAGUGAAACCAUAUUUACCCCGACAAUAUCAACAUCUCGAUGGCCUGGUGUACGAUACGAGGCUCAUAUGUACAACAGGCUAGCGAAUAUCAGUGAAAAGGCAGCAAGAAUUCUUACUGAUGUUGAACAAUCUAGAAAUAAUCUUGUUCGUCUGAGAGUUUUCUACGAAGAACUCAAUUUCGAGAACGUUCAAGAAUCACCAUUAAUCACGGUUGAAACUCUUUUUGGUGGUGUUGGAGGGCUGAUGGGUCUGUAUGUUGGUAUGUCUUUCAUAUCCUUGAUGGAGAUAUUGGUUUUUAUCUCGGAACUACUUCGGUCUCUGUGCUGCCCGAAGAACACCUCAAAACAUAAUGCCAAGGUUUCUGGACAUUGAAAACUAGUCAUGACGGAGAAGAAUCCUCUCAUCUCAGACUGUCGAGUAUCCAUCUAGAUAAUUGGGUCUCUGUAAAGAGAUGUCGUUAAUGGAUAACAAUGUACUUAGAGGAUAAUGCAAGUGCGUAUAUUGCACGGUCCUUGAAGCGGAAUGCGAAAAUUCGAAUACAAAACCUUGCAUUAUAUUAUGAGAUUAAUAUACAAUCAUGACGCCGAUAGUCCGAUGAGCAGAUGAGCUGUAAUCAUUGUUUAUGUGCAAUCAUAGCUUCUAAUGUGACCCUUGGCCUUGAUCUGACUUCAACAAAUGCGGAGUUUACAAAAAAUAACAUAAUUUAGGUCCGUUUAAAAACUAAUGUAAGGUUUAAACAUAUACUUUACGUAGGCCUAUACCUCGCAUUUUUGUCGAAGAAAGAUAAAGUCGCAGUUAUAUGUUAUAUUAUAGAAUUACGCUCCACUUUAGUUUAGGAAUUUUCUAAAUAAACAUAAUUAUGGACAAAUUAUGAGCAAAACUGAUUCGUAUAUCACCUUGAAAAUAUGAAUAUAAAUGUAAUAUAGUGAUGUGAUCGAAUAGCAAGUGAUUGUGACACCUUUUUGUUAUGUUUCUUUGUUUAUUAGUCUUAAAUCCAAAAUUAUAUAAAAUAUUAUUAUAUUUCAAAUGCUUUUUUUUAUAAACACUGAAAUUUUCCUACUUGAUAAAAUCUGAAAUCUCAUUUCCUCAUUACUUUGCCACUAUAUUGUGACCAUUUUUUUUUCGAGAUUAUAUCUACAGUACUAUGUAUACGGAUACAAAUAAUUGAUUUACGUUUUAUAUAAUAUAUCGUACGUUUCAUUUUGUAUGUGAUUUUAAUGUAGAAGCUACAAUUACAUCUAUUUAUUAAAAAGGUUGAAAAGUGUUUGUCUGUUUGUAAACAUUUUAAAAUAAUUCACAAUAGUCAGAAUGAGAAUAACGCAUUCUGAUGGAAGUAAAGGUAAUGAUAUGUAGAUUAAUAAGCGGUCACUUUCGUAGGUGUGUGCUUACAUCAAUGUAACAUUGUAGAAAUCACAGUGAUAAAAGCUAGGAGAAUGUAAGGAUAAAUAUAAUUAUAUGACAUCACAUUCGUUGUCAUCGGUUCGCAGUUUCGUUGUUUUCUGGAGUACACUUUGAAAAGAUCUAAAAAUCACCAAAUCUAGACAUUGUUUUCCUAUAUCUGAGGUAAAACAUAUUCAUUGGAGCUAGAGUUUACUACGCAUGCAUUGCAAUUAAUAUACAUUAAUUCAGUGAUAUUGUAAUAAAUUACGUGAAAUUCCGUAUCAGGUUAGAACUUGGUGCCGGUCUUGGUGCUUUCUCAUCGAUGCAUUUUUUAUACGCCCGUCCUAGACGGGACGUGU